UCUUUUUUCAGGUGUUUCAAGGUGGACAUAAACUAGAAUUGAAGCAUUUAUUGAUGAGAUCUGUUUUCUGGUGAAAGAGUGGGAAAACAGAUUCCUGAGCUUUAGUGCAUGUGGUGAAAGAGGACUUGCGCUUUUUUGGCAUGCGGAUUUGCGGGAUUUGCCGUAGAUCUCACUGAGAUUUAAGCUGUAUAGCAGUCCAUCUUCUACUGUCCUAGUCAAGAUUAGCAGGUGCCGAUGGAAGAAGGAGAGCCCAAGCCUUUGAAGCACCACGGUGGUCAGGUCUGCCAGAUCUGUGGUGAUACAGUAGGCACGACAGUGGACGGCGAUCUCUUCGUUGCUUGCGAUGUUUGUGCAUUUCCUGUUUGUAGACCCUGCUACGAGUACGAGAGGAAAGAUGGAACUAAGUCUUGCCCCCAGUGCAAGACUAGAUAUAAGAGGCAUAAAGGAAGCCCUCCUAUUCGUGAUGAUGAGGCAGAUGAUUGUGAUGUCGAUGAUGUGGCCGGUGAUAUCAAUUAUUCGUCUGGGACUCAAGACCAGAAACAGAAGAUUGCUGAACACAUGCUGAGUUGGCGUAUGAGCUAUGGGCGAGGGGUGGAUGUUGGUCCUCCAAAUUAUGAUAAAGAGGCACCUCUGAACCACAUCCCUCUUCUCACAAAUGGCCAGGCGGUUUCAGGAGAGCUGUCUGCAGCAUCUCCUGAGCAUAUGUCAAUGGCAUCCCCUGGAGGUGUUGGUGGGGGGAAGCGUGUGCAUCCGCUCCCGUAUUCAUCUGACAUGAAUCAAUCACCUAAUCCAUCAAGGGAGUUUGCACAAGGAUUUGGAAAUGUUGCUUGGAAAGAGAGAGUUGAGGGCUGGAAGAUGAAGCAGGAGAAGAAUGUGGUUCCAAUGAGCACUGGUCAUGCCCCUUCUGAAGGCAGGGGAGGAGUAGAUAUUGAUGCCAGCACUGAUAUAGUUAUGGAUGACGCUUUACUGAAUGAUGAAGCUCGUCAACCGCUGUCAAGGAAGGUGUCUAUUCCUUCAUCUAAGAUAAACCCUUAUAGAAUGGUCAUUGUUCUACGGCUUAUUAUCCUCUGUAUUUUCUUACACUACCGUAUAACACAUCCAGUGACCAACGCUUAUGCUUUAUGGUUGAUAUCUGUAAUAUGUGAGAUUUGGUUUGCUAUAUCAUGGAUAUUGGAUCAGUUUCCCAAAUGGCUUCCAGUGAACCGUGAGACAUAUCUUGAUAGGCUUUCUCUGAGAUAUGACCGAGAAGGAGAGCCAUCACAGUUGGCUGCAGUUGACAUUUUUGUCAGUACUGUCGACCCUUUAAAGGAGCCUCCUCUUGUCACAGCAAAUACUGUCCUGUCUAUUCUUGCAGUUGACUACCCAGUCGACAAGGUCUCUUGCUACGUAUCUGAUGAUGGAGCUGCCAUGUUGACAUUUGAAGCUUUGUCUGAAACUUCUGAAUUUGCAAGGAAAUGGGUCCCUUUCUGCAAGAAGUACAGCAUUGAGCCCAGGGCUCCAGAAUGGUAUUUUGCCCAGAAGAUUGACUACCUGAAAGAUAAAGUUCAGCCUUCAUUUGUCAAGGAUCGUAGAGCCAUGAAGCGAGAAUAUGAAGAAUUUAAAGUCCGUGUCAACGGACUUGUUGCAAAGGCACAAAAAGUUCCUGAGGAAGGAUGGAUCAUGCAAGAUGGCACCCCCUGGCCGGGAAAUAACACCAGAGACCAUCCAGGAAUGAUACAGGUUUUCUUAGGCCAUAGCGGAGGACUUGACAGUGAGGGUAAUGAACUGCCUCGGUUGGUCUAUGUCUCUCGUGAGAAGCGUCCAGGCUUCCAACACCAUAAGAAGGCUGGUGCGAUGAAUGCCCUUGUUCGUGUAUCAGCAGUUCUUACCAAUGGUCCCUUCUUGUUGAAUCUUGAUUGUGACCACUACAUAAACAACAGCAAGGCAUUGCGGGAAGCUAUGUGCUUUAUGAUGGAUCCAAACCUCGGGAAAUAUGUCUGUUAUGUUCAGUUUCCUCAGAGAUUUGAUGGUAUUGAUAGGAAUGAUCGAUAUGCCAACCGAAAUACUGUCUUCUUUGAUAUAAAUUUAAGAGGUUUGGAUGGCAUCCAAGGACCUGUUUACGUGGGUACUGGAUGUGUCUUCAACAGAACUGCUUUGUAUGGUUAUGAACCUCCACUCAAGCCCAAGCAUAAAAGAGCAGGUUUCUUAUCUCUGUGCUGUGGUGGAUCACGAAAGAAGGGCUCAAAAUCAAGUAAAAAGGGCUCAGACAAGAAGAGAUCUAGCAAGCAUGUUGACCCUACUGUGCCAAUAUUCAAUCUAGAAGAUAUAGAAGAGGGGGUCGAAGGUGCUGGAUUUGAUGAUGAGAAGUCAUUGCUCAUGUCACAGAUGAGCCUCGAGAAAAGAUUUGGUCAGUCAGCUGUGUUUGUCGCCUCUACACUUAUGGAAAAUGGUGGUGUUCCACAGUCUGCUACUCCUGAUACUCUUCUUAAAGAAGCUAUCCAUGUUAUUAGUUGUGGAUACGAGGACAAGACAGACUGGGGAAGGGAGAUUGGAUGGAUUUAUGGUUCUGUGACAGAAGAUAUCCUUACUGGAUUCAAGAUGCAUGCCCGUGGUUGGCGAUCAAUAUACUGCAUGCCUAAGCGGCCAGCCUUCAAAGGAUCUGCUCCUAUUAACCUGUCAGAUCGUCUGAACCAAGUGCUUCGAUGGGCUUUAGGUUCUGUUGAAAUUCUUCUCAGUCGUCACUGCCCCAUAUGGUAUGGUUAUAGUGGAAGGCUAAAAUGGCUUGAGAGAUUUGCUUACAUCAACACCACCAUUUACCCAAUCACUGCCAUUCCUCUUCUUGCAUAUUGUACAUUGCCAGCAGUCUGUCUACUCACUGGAAAGUUCAUCAUUCCACAGAUUAGUAAUAUUGUCAGUAUUUGGUUUAUAUCCCUCUUUCUUUCCAUCUUUGCCACUGGUAUAUUGGAGAUGAGGUGGAGCGGUGUUAGGAUUGAUGAGUGGUGGAGAAAUGAACAGUUUUGGGUUAUUGGAGGUGUUUCAGCACAUCUUUUUGCUGUCUUUCAAGGAUUGCUCAAAGUUCUGGCUGGCAUUGACACCAAUUUCACUGUCACCUCCAAGGCAUCCGAUGAGGAUGGGGAUUUUGCUGAGCUCUACUUGUUCAAAUGGACAACUCUCCUUAUUCCACCAACCACUCUCCUCAUAGUCAACCUGGUUGGGGUGGUUGCUGGCAUCUCCUAUGCCGUCAACAGUGGGUACCAGUCAUGGGGUCCGCUCUUCGGGAAACUUUUCUUUGCCUUCUGGGUGAUUGUUCAUCUCUAUCCCUUCCUGAAGGGUUUAAUGGGACGCCAAAAUCGGACACCUACCAUUGUGGUUGUAUGGUCAAUUCUCCUUGCAUCCAUAUUCUCAUUGUUAUGGGUUCGGAUUGAUCCCUUCACCACCAGGGUGACUGGACCAGAUGUUCAACAGUGUGGUAUCAACUGCUAGAGGGAAGAUAAUUGUGUAACCAUGACAGUAACAUGCCACAUACACUUAUAUUCGGAUGCCCUCUCAUCGGCCAAAGGCCUGAAGGUUAGGGGGUUUGGGUUGAGGCAGUACCGGAGCUGUGCCUGUUGAAGUUGGGUUUAAAUUAAGUGUGAAGUAUGAAACGUGUAGAUAGGACAGUUUGAUGCAUUUUGUUGUUCCAUAAGCAGUUGAUUAUUUAAUUUGUUGAACAGAUAGAAUUUGGAGCUCUGUUCUUUUGGGUCAGAAAAGACUUGGACUGGAGCUGCCUUCUUUCCCUAUUGGGCUGCUGUAUGCAAAAAAAAAAAUAAGAAUUUAGAUUCAGAUCUUGUAAAAACCUUUUUGCACAGAAUCUUGUGUUAUUUUGGGAGGUUUUGAACCCUAAUUAUCAAUGAAUCAGUGAAAGUAGCAAUAGU